AAUCCAAUAGAUAAUUGUGAACUGGGAUGCUCUUCUAUUUUCCCAAAUACAGAGCAACCAAUAAUUAGAAAUGGAUAGAGCCACAAAAUCUCUUCCCAAAAGGGUAUGUGUGGCUACAAAUUUUCUAAGCAAACAAACCAAACUCAACCAACCAUAUGCCUUUUCAGCCUUUCUGGGAAAAACCUUUGCUUUUCUUUCUUUUUUUUGGACGUGAUGCUUUUCUUUCUGGAUCACCCAGAAAUUAUACUCAAGUUACAUGAGGUAAAUAGUAUGAACAAAACCUACUCCUACUAAGCUCUGUCUCAUGCACUUUGUGCUAUUGCAUUGAUAUCUCUGAGGUGUUCAUAUAGUCCCAUUUCUUUUCUUUGCACCACAAUUGCAUUGACUUCAUGGUGGUUUUAAGCCUUCAACCUGUCCAAUUUACUACCCCUAAACAACUCUCAUAUUGUAAAACCAGCACCACUGGUUAUAGUACUAGUGUUCGAUGUGGGAUUGCAGAGCCAUCAGGAGUUCCGGCUCCUAUGGGGCAAAAGACCAAAUACAAUGAUGGAUUUUUUGAGAAAGCAUUCAUGACACUCUUCGCUCGCAAAAUGAAGAGGUUUGCAGCUCCAGUGAAAUCCAAGACUGAGAUUGAGGAAAAGAAAUGGUCGGAAUAUGACUAUGAGAGUUUUGUGGACGUUUCCAAGAGAGUUAUGCAGGGAAGGUCUCGCAUUCAGCAGCAACAAGUGGUUAGGGAGGUCUUGUUAUCUAUGCUACCUCCAGGUGCGCCUGCUCAGUUUAGGAAAUUAUUUCCACCAACAAAGUGGGCUGCAGAGUUCAAUGCUGCAUUAACAGUGCCUUUCUUCCACUGGUUAGUUGGGCCUUCUGAGGUUAUAGAAGUUGAGGUAGAAGGAGUGAAGCAAAGAAGUGGAGUUCGAAUAAAGAAAUGCAGGUACCUGGAGAACAGCGGCUGUGUUGGAAUGUGUGUGAAUAUGUGCAAGUUUCCUACUCAAGAUUUCUUCACCAAUGAAUUUGGGCUUCCAUUAACCAUGAUUCCAAAUUUUGAAGAUAUGAGUUGUGAUAUGGUGUACGGCCAAGUUCCACCACCGUUUGAAGAGGAUCCAGUGUCCAAACAACCCUGUUUUACUGAUAUAUGCUCCAUUGCGAAUCCCAGUGCCACUGUCUGUCCAAAGUUACAAGCUUGAAAGAUACUCAUCCUUAAUUCAAUUAGAACAAACAAAGUAGUUCAAGUACAUUGCAAGUCAAAGUGGCGAGGCACUGUGCUGCAAUGCACAGUUGGAGCAUUUCACAUGCGCCGAAGGGGUUUAUCUUGGGCCUAGGAAGCCUUUGGGUUCCCCUUGACAAAGUCAAAAAAAAAAAAAGAAGUACAUUGCAAGUCCAGUAUCCAAAUGUGACAGCCAUCUUACAGUUCAACUUCAGUACAUAUAUUUUGCACAUGUUGAACACGGCAAUGUGUGGAGUUACAUUAUGCUUAUUAGGCUCAAACUAUAUGUCUGAACUCAAGACAGAAGAGAAUUUGUUUGUAAAAUACAGGAUGAUAUAUUACUGUUUAUAUGCCCUCAUCGUUCAUAUAUACUUUGAUUUAUAGUUCA